CAAAAGCCCUAUAAAUAAAACCACACCAACAACCGAAAAACAAAAAAAAGAUAAACCUUUUUCUUCCCCAACAGAUCACAGCCAUAAAAUCCUCUUCCCCCUGAACCCAAUGGCCAGCAACCAAAACGACGCCGUUCCACUCCACUCUAUCAACGACAACCUCGGAGACGACGAACUUCGGGCCGUACUUACCCGGCUCGAAAACCAAAAAGACAAGGAAGUUUUCGGCCUGGUCUGUAAAAGAUGGCUUUAUAUACAAAGCACUGAAAGAAAGAAACUAUGUGUUCGGGCCGGGCCGCAUAUGCUCGGUAGAAUCGCGGCUCGAUUUAUACGAUUGCGUGAACUUGAUCUGUCUCAAUCUGUUUCCAGAUCGUUUUAUCCUGGUGUUACGGAUUCUGAUCUGGAAGUUAUUGCCACUUCUUUCUCUUGCUUAAGAAUUCUCAAUCUUCACAGCUGUAAAGGCAUAACAGACAAGGGAUUGGCAGCAAUUGGAUCGAAUCUCUCUUCUUUACGGUCCUUAGAUGUAUCCUACUGCAGAAAGAUCACUGACAAGGGGCUAUUAGCUGUUGCUGAGGGGUGUCGUGACUUGAGAACCUUGCAUCUUGCUGGCUGUAGAUUUGCGUCAGAUUCAUUAAUGAAAGCUCUCUCCAACAAUUGCCGUAAUGUAGAAGAGCUAGGUCUGCAAGGAUGCACCAACAUUACGAACGCAGGUCUCUCUGUUUUGGUUAAAGGUUGCCGAAAGAUAAAACAUUUGGACGUUAACAAAUGUAGCAGUAUCGAUGAUAUUGGGAUAUCUUGCGUGUCCGAAGCUUGUUCGUUGACACUUAAGACAUUGAAGUUGUUGGACUGCUAUAAAGUUGGUGAUGACUCCAUCUUAUCCUUGGCCAACUACUGCAAAGGUCUUGAGACACUCGUCAUUGGUGGUUGCCGUAACAUAUCAGAUGAGUCCAUGAAAUCUCUGGCAGCUGCUUGUAGUGGCAGUCUGAAAAAACUGAGGAUGGAUUGGUGCUUGAAUAUUACAGACUCUUCAUUGGACUGCAUCCUUUCCAAAUGCCGAAAGCUUGAGGUUCUUGACAUUGGCUGCUGCGAGGAGGUAACUGAUGCUGCAUUUCAACAAUUAGGAAGUGAAAACUUUAUGUUGGGGCUGAAGAUUUUAAAGGUCAGCAACUGUCCAAAGAUCACCAUUGAAGGACUUAAGAAGCUUCUGAAGUCAUGUGAGUAUCUUGAAUAUCUAGAUGUACGGUCUUGUCCCCUUAUCACUAAAGCAGGGUGUGAGGAGGCUGGAAUUCAGUUCCCUGAAUCCUGGAAAAUAAACUUCACUGGAAACUUAGCAGAGCCAGAUGUGUUACAUUGAGCACUACUUGAUUAAGCAGGGUCUUUGAAGGCCUGAUGAGGAUCAGACAGUAAAAGUAUCACAUUCGUUGCCUAAGACCAAGAAUGUGACUCUAGAAGCUCCUGAUUUCAUUCCUUUGUUCCAAUUAAUUUGCCUUUUCUUAAGCAUCAAGUUUUUCAUAGAUUAUUUCCCUGCCUUUUAGUUAUUUGAUUUGAUAUCAAACUCCUGUAUAUCAUUCUUGUAAAUUACUAGUAAGCCCCAUUGUUGCUGUAGUCGUUUUCAGAUUGUUAAUGAAAUAAGUCCAUUAUUACCAGCUUGA